AUGCAUCACCACUUCAGCCUCUCGGCACUCGCCGCUCUCGUCCCGUUGGCGGCCUUCGCCCAGGGCCAGCAGCCAUGCUCGACCGUCAACAUCAUCCUCGCCCGUGGUAGCCUCGAGGCGCAGGGGGUCGGGCUGCUGGGCAACAUCGCAAAAAACGCGUCGACCCAGAUCCCCGGGUCCAUCGUGACGCCGCUCGAGUACCCGGCCCAGCUCGACCCGUACCCUCCCUCAGUAGCGGCUGGCGUGACCAACAUGACGGCGCUCCUGAACCAGCAGGCGCAGCAAUGUCCCGGGACGAAAUUGGUGUUGAUGGGAUAUUCUCAGGGUGCGCAAGUGUCUCUUGACACCCUCUGUGGCACUUCGGAUGGCCCCAACUUCAACACCACAGUGGCGCAGGCCCCAAUGGUCGGUAGCAAGAACAACGUAGUCGCCGCCGUUGUCCUGUUUGGCGACCCGACGUUCGUCGCCGCCCAGCCCUUUGUCAGGGGCACCAGCAAAAAGAACGGCAUCUUCCCCCGCCAGGAUUUCUCGCAAUGCCAGGGCCUCACUAGCAGGUUCGCGUCCUUCUGUGACGAGUCGGAUCUCUUCUGCGCCUCGGGCCAGAACCUGACGGUCCACCUCGGUUACUUCCAGAACCAGCAGUACAUUGCCAUGGCGUCGUCGUUUAUCGUCGAGAACACGCGGUAG